AUGCCACCCCAACUGAGACACAAACCAAAGAAAAGAUGCUUGCAAGCAGAUUGUAUCAAGGUACAGGUGGAAGAAACCUUGCAGCUUGAGGAGCAAACUAAGGAGGCAGACGAGCAACUCGAUGAAUAUAGGAAGCGGCUCAGCGACCAAGCAGAUGAUCAUCUAAACAUACACAGACAAAGGCUUGAGGAGCAAGUCAAGGCUGCAAAGGAGUUGCUUCGGGUGGAGGCAGAAGAUCAGCUCAAUGAAUUUACGACUUAUAUCAAACAAAUUAUCAACGAAGCAAAGACGGAGGGAAUCAGGACAAUUUGCCGGCAACUAUAUGCAUGGGACACCCGGCUUACUACUAAAUACAAGGAACUUGAUUUACAGGCCAAGGAGCUUGAGGGGCAAUACGGAAAAGCUCUUGAGGCACUUGAUCAGAUCAACCUGCAGCGGAGCAUGCUGAAUGACCAGACUAAGUUGCUUGACGAACAGAGGUUUCUUGUUGAGCCAAAGAAUAAGACUGAGGAAGUAAUCAAGCAACUUGGAAGCCAAACCGAGGAGCAAGCGGCAAGGAAGCAGGCGAGGGUUCAGAUGUCAAAGUUGCUGGGGGAAUUAAACAAUCGACAGAUCGAGAACCAAAGCAGGGUGCCAUCUAUAUCUCUUGGUGGGUCUGCGAUGGCAGAAUAA